AUGAGUCUGGUCUUCCUUCGGGUGUGGCUGCUCCUGGCGCCCGUCGCGGCCUUCUACCUGCCCGGUGUCGCCCCUCACGAGUACCUCGACAACGAAAAGGUCAACAAACUCUCGUCGACAAAGACGCAGCUGCCGUACGACUACUACUCGUUGCCCUUCUGCCGCCCGGCCGAGGUGGUCAACAAGAUGGAGAACCUGGGCGAGGUGCUCCACGGCUCCGUCAUCAAGAACUCGGCGUACGACAUAUCGAUGGGCAAGAUCGAGUUCCGCGUGCUCUGCAAGCGGACUCUCGAGCCUGCAGAGGCGACGCUGCUGCACACGCGGAUCCGGCAGGACUACCGCGUGCACAUGAUCAUGGACAACCUGCCCGCCGCCACCAAGAUGAUCCGCGAGCUCCCCGACGGCCAGACGAUUGUCAUGUACGACCGCGGCUACCCCCUCGGCUUUGUCGGGUCUGCAGAGCGGCAGGGCUCCGUGCCGGGCGGCGCCUACCUGCACAACCACCUGCGGUUCGUGCUCAAGUACCACAAGGACGCGGCGUUCGACGGCGCGCGGAUCGUCGGGUUCGAGGUCGAGCCCCUCUCCGUCAAGCACAAGUACAAGGGCGCCUGGUCUGACGACGCCUCCCAGCUCCAGCUCCUCACCCUGCCCGUCGGGCACGACUCGCCGCCGCUGCGAGCGGACAGGAAGCGCUGCGGAGCGAGAGGCGGCUUGCGCGUGCGGCGUGAGGCGACAGGGCCGGUGGUGUACACGUACGACGUUAAGUGGGAGCCGUCGGACGUCAAGUGGGCGAGUCGCUGGGACCUGUACCUGUACAUGGGGGACGACCAGAUCCACUGGUUCUCAAUCAUCAACUCUCUCGCGAUCGUCCUGCUGCUCACCGGCAUCGUCGCCAUGAUCAUGAUGCGCACGCUGAGGAGGGACGUGUCGCGGUACAACUCGCCCGAGGACAAGGACGACCUCGCCGAGGCGACGGGCCCAUCGCCCGCCCCCCCGGCGGCCUGCUCCCCUACUCUUCUCUUUGUCUUCUCUUGUUACCACCCCUCCUCCUCAUCAGGCGGCCUGCUCACCGCCACGCUGCUCACUUUCAUGCUGAUGGGCGUGCCGGCGGGCUACUGCGCCUCCCACACCUACAAGGCACUCAAGGGCACCGAGUGGAAGCUGGUCACCGUGCUCACCGCCACCCUCUACCCCGGCGCCAUCGCCGCCACCCUGAAGUGUCUCAUAGGCCAGCAGUCCUCGGGCGCCAUCCCGUUCGGCACGAUGGUGGUGCUGCUCCUCAUGUGGUUCGGCGUGUCGGCGAAGCUCAAGGACCCGCCCUGCCGCACCAACGAGAUCCCGCGCCAGCGCUUCUACUACGUGUUCGGCUUCCUCGCGCUCGUGCUGCUCAUCCUCAUCAUCACCUGCGCCGAGAUCUCGAUCGUGCUCUGCUACUUCCAGCUCUGCAACGAGGACUACAACUGGUGGUGGCGCGCCUUCCUCACCUCUGGCUCCUCGGGGCUGUACCUGUUUGGCUACUCGAUCAUGUACUUUCACUCGCAGCUCGAGAUCGACGGGUUCGUGCCCACCCUGAUGUACUUCACGUACAUGGCGGUCUUCUCGACCCUCUUCUUCCUCGUCACGGGCACGAUCGGCUUCUACUCGUGCCAAAAGUUUGUCUGGGCGAUCUACGCCGCCAUCAAGGUGGACUGAGCUGCAGAGACCGAGGUCGCAGGCGGUGAGAGCGGAGCCUUGGACCCCUCUGAACGCAAGCAAGGCUGGGGCGUGGCGAGGGGACGGCCGAUGCGUGGCGCGUGCGCGGCUGGGGCGUGUGCGAGGGACCGGAGACGGACGUGGGCCCAGCGGGGCCCAGAGAUUCGGCGACACACCAGCGCCCGUCAAGAGUCCCCGACGCCCAGUGUCAUGACCCGGGAAUAUACACCGUGUGAAGUGCUGCGAAGAGGUCGGUGAAGCGAGAGAGAAUAGUUAGGGUGUGUGUCGCGUGUUCUCCUCUCCCCGGGGCGCUGCCAGGCAAUUCCAAUUUUAUGGAAGGCGUCGAUUACUCAAA